AAAUGGGAAAUAAAUUCUUUUGAGAAACAAAGAAAUUUCCAAUUUGAACUACAGCGCACGUAGUCACGUCGCCUCCCAUCUUGGAUUUCCCUAUAAAAGGGACACCGUGGUCCUCCUAUACGGUCGUCGUUAUCUAUCGCUCCGAUCCAAUCCCUAAUUCAGAUACAACUUACGAGCGUAGAUCAGAGACGAAAACCUGUGAUCUACGUACACGUAGAUACAUUUGAGAUUAAAAAACGAGAGAUCUAAUGCGAAUGCAGGUAAAAUCAGUUGCUGGUUUUGAUAGUUACAACUACCAUUUCAAAGGUAUAUCGAGUUUUUGGGGCCCAGUUACUUCCUCCCAUGAAUGGUGUGAAAAGAAUUACACUUAUUCUUCUUAUGUAGCUGAGUUUUACAACACAAUAUCAAAUGUUCCAUGCAUUCUUUUAGCCUUAAUUGGCCUUUUAAGCUCAUUGCUACAACGCUUUGAGAAGAGAUUUAGUGUUCUUCACUUGUCAAACAUGGCACUUGCUCUUGGAAGUGUCAUGUAUCAUGCCACCUUGCAACAUGUGCAACAACAAAGUGAUGAAACACCAAUGGUAUGGGAAAUGCUUCUCUACAUCUACAUCCUCUACUCCCCAGACUGGCAUUACAGAAGCACGAUGCCAACUUUCCUCUUUCUUUAUGGAAUCUCGUUUGCAGUUCUUCACUCGAUAAUCCGUUUUGAUAUCGGAUUCAAGCUUCACUACAUCAUGUUAUGUCUUUUGUGUAUCCCAAGAAUGUAUAAAUAUUACAUUCACACACAAGAUAUUGCCGCCAAACGGUUGGCCAAAUUCUACUUUGCCACCCUCUUGAUUGGCGGCGUUUGUUGGUUGGGUGACCGGUUUUGGUGCGGGCGGAUAUCGAGGUGGCCGGUCAACCCGCAAGGUCAUGCUUUGUGGCAUGUUUUCAUGGGGUUUAAUUCGUAUUUUGCAAAUACGUUUUUGAUGUUUUGUAGGGCUCAACAAAGGGAGUGGAACCCUAAGGUUGUGAGGUUUUUGGGGGUUCUUCCUUAUGUUAAGAUUGAUAAACGAAAGAGAGAGUAGGAAGGAGAAGGGUAGUCGGGUAAUUUUAUCGGUUUUUUAUGAGUUGGAUAUUUUGGAGUAUAUUUUCGAAAUUGGGGUAAAAUGGAUGUGAUAGUAGAAUAUGUUUAAUGUACCAAAUUUUGUAAUCCUUUUGUGAUACAAUUUGUUUGAUUCAAUCAUUGUUAGUGCGU